AUUUCGGCGCCGGAAGAGGUGUUAAACACAUGUCUUUGGAUAUAUUGAGUCAACAAAUCACUUGUCUGUUGGGACACAACGGCGCCGGAAAGACCACUACAAUGAAUAUGAUUACCGGUAUAUAUCCUCCCUCUUCGGGCAAAAUACUGGUCAACGGUUACGACGUGUCGACCGCCACUCGUGAGGCACGAAAGAGUAUCGGCUAUUGUCCACAGGAAAACAUACUUUUCAACGACUUGUCUGUUGAACAACACCUCCAACUCUACGCUGUAUUGAAGGACAUCCCGAGCGAUAAGAUUGGGUCUGAAAUCACUCGAGUGCUGACAAUAAUCCGAUUGAGUGACAAAAGGCAUUGGAAGAGUUCAGUCCUCUCCGGAGGUAUGAAACGGAAGCUAAGUCUAGGAAUCGCUAUCAUCGGCACAACAGAAGUCUUGAUUCUGGAUGAGCCGACCUCUGGUAUGGAUCCUGAGGCCCGUCGAGCCAUUUGGGAUGUCUUACAACACGUCCGCAGAGAGAAGACUAUACUUCUGACCACUCAUUACAUGGAAGAGGCGGACAUAUUGGGCGACAGAAUAGCGAUUAUGUCUGAAGGAGUGCUCAAGUGUUGCGGUUCUCCGAUGUUUCUCAAGAAGCGAUUCGGCGCCGGAUAUCACCUCAGAAUAACUCUAACUUUGUGUCCACUCAGAAUAGCGAUUAUGUCUGAAGGAGUGCUCAAGUGUUGCGGUUCUCCGAUGUUUCUGAAGAAGCGAUUCGGCGCCGGAUAUCACCUCAGAAUUGCAAAGACAGACAAUUAUAACAAACAAUCGGUUGACACGACUCUCAAGAAGUAUUUGCCGGAAAGUCGUCUUCAAAGUGAGAUCAAUACUGAAGUGAUUUAUUCACUCGAAUCCGACGACCGCUCGAAACAGACCGACAAAAAUAUAUUCCCGAAACUCUUUGACGAACUCGAGAGCCGUAAACAAGAGCUCGGAUUCAACUCAUUUGGCAUAACUGUGACCACAAUGGAAGACGUGUUCCUCAAAGUCGGUUCCAAUGAAGAGGUGGACAACGGAAAGAAGGCUUCGCAGGAGAAGACAGCGAAGCAGUACAAGAAUGAGGACGGCUUUAAACUGAUCCAAAUGUCAGUAUUGGGUCUUCUGGUGAAGCGUUUCCAUUACAGUCGCAGACAUUGGGCGAUGUUGUUGUUCCAGAUUGUGAUUCCGGCCGUACUCUUCAUACUUGUCUUUCUGGCCGACAAUAGUGUCAGAUCUGCGACCACUGAGAAGUCUAAGUCAAUAACACUCGAUCUCCAGGAACUAUACGGCCGUACGAUUGGAUUCUACCACGACUUGGACCCAACGACUCGCAACUUUGGCGCCAAUCACUACAUACCGAACGCCGAGAGACACGGCGUGACCGCAAACCUAUUGCCCAAAACAACUGAUCCAAAGGAUUGGCUGCUGGAAAAGAGUCGCGACUUUGAGCAAUACGUGUUGAAGUAUGUGUUGGGCGGCGCCGUCAGCAACAUGUCCGGUACUCUCAACCCCCAGAUAUGGUUUAACUACGAGUCCACUCAUUCACUCCCGCUGUCCAUAAACUUGAUGUAUGAGUCACUCGUCCGCCAAUCGGUGCUCAAACUUAAGGACUUCACGAUCACCACAAUUAUAGAACCGCUCAUAGAUCUGAUCUUCGUCGGCACCGGUGCGGCCAAAGUGUAUAACGAAGCUUUGAGGAGCAGUAUGAUGGGCGCCGCCGUCUCGUGCAUAUUUUUAAUGCCCAUUACGUUACCAUUUUUGGCCGCCUCUUACCUCAUAUUCCCGAUCAUUGAGAGGGUCUCGAAGUCCAAAGCCCUGCAACUGAUGACUGGUCUGUCUUCGGCCGUGUAUUGGCUGUCAAACUACUUGUUUGAUAUAUUGAACCACUUGUUGGCGAUCACACUAUUAUCACUUGUGGUCUAUAUUUUUGACGUAAACCAAGCGUUCUUCAAGGGCUGGCAGUCGGGCACCGCUUUCUUUCUACUGUUACUGGCAUUUGGUUUGUCGUCGAUAUCCAUAGCCUAUUGUCUCUCCUUUUGGUUCAACUCAUCGCCAAUUGGUUUCUCACUAUUACUGGUGUUUUAUCUGGUGUUUGGUUUCAUUGUGAAUGCCAUUUAUUCGGGCCUUUACUUGCUUUACACUUUCACUAACGUACCACAAGAGGACGGUUUUAUUCUACACGCGUUCCGAUUGAUACCCAUAUUCUCGUUAAACUAUGGCUUCACAAAGAUCUAUAUGAUUAAUUUGUGCGCCAAACAAAUGGAUAUGAUUAAAGAGCAGUUCGGCAGCCUUUGGCCCCCAAACACGUUUCCCACCGAAUGGCCCGACCAGUGGCCGCCAAAUUUCCCGCCCAAAUUGGCCGAUUACUACAACAACAUGACUGCGUGUAAACAAUUGAAUCCUCUGACUUUCCAUUCGCUGGGUAUUGGCCGGGAGCUCAUCGGUCUGAUAGUAUCGGCGCUGUUAUUCAUAAUCGUGUUAUUGAUUAUCGAAGAAAAUCUUUGUCUAAUUUUUCGCCGAAAGAAUUACUCCCCGAAUCUCCAUCUCGUGGCCAAUGGUAGUCAAGACGCGGAUGUGUUGGCCGAACGACAGCGCGUGGAUCAGCUCAUGAAGAGCCCUGGGCUGAGGGCACAGGAGGGCAUUGUUGUGGUGAAUCUGUGUAAGAGUUUCGGCAACUUUCACGCUGUAGAUAUGAUUAAUGUGAACAAACAGUUGUGCGCCAAACAAAUGGAUAUGAUUAAAGAGCAGUUCGGCAGCCUUUGGCCCCCAAACACGUUUCCCACCGAAUGGCCCGACCAGUGGCCGCCAAAUUUCCCGUCCAAAUUGGCCGAUUACUACAACAACAUGACUGCGUGUAAACACUUGAAUCCUCUGACUUUCCAUCCACUGGGCAUUGGCCGCGAGCUAAUCGGUCUGAUAUUAUCGGCGCUGUUAUUCAUAAUCGUGUUAUUGAUUAUCGAAGAAAAUCUUUGUCUAAUUUUUCGCCGAAAGAAUUACUCCCCGAAUCUCCAUCUCGUGUCCAAUGGUAGUCAAGACGCGGAUGUGUUGGCCGAACGACAGCGCGUGGAUCAGCUCAUGAAGAGCCCGGAGCUGAGGGCACAGGAGGGCAUUGUUGUGGUCAAUCUGUGUAAGAGUUUCGGCAACUUUCAAGCUGUAGAUCACUUGACAUUCGGUGUCCAUAAGAACGAGUGCUUCGGUCUGUUGGGAGUGAACGGCGCCGGAAAGACCACAACGUUUUCAAUGCUCACCGGAGAGCUGUUCCCUAACGACGGCAACGCUUACAUCGAUUCCGUCGAUUUGGUUCAACAGCCGAAGCCUUUCGGUCGCCGUAUCGGCUAUUGUCCACAGUUUGACGCACUUCUGGAUCGACUGACCGGCGAAGAGAUGCUCUACUUAUUUGCUCGAUUGCGAGGAAUACCCGCCGAACACAUGGACGCCGCGGUCACAGCAGUCAUACACGCCAUUGAUCUCCAGCUUCACUGCAAACACACGACAAAGAACUACAGCGGAGGUAAUAAACGUAAACUAUCGUUGGGUUUGGCGAUCAUCGGUCGACCGGCGCUUGUGUUUCUGGACGAACCGACGGCAGGCGUGGAUCCGGUCGCCCGACGCAAGAUAUGGCAGACAUUGGAUGUGUUGAAGAAUCGCCAGAACUCGUCGAUAAUACUGACCAGUCAUUCGAUGGAAGAGUCGGAAGCCCUGUGCGCUCGCAUAGCCAUUAUGGUUAACGGAUCGUUCAAAUGCUUGGGAUCUACACAACAGCUGAUAUCAAAGUUUGGACAGGGAUUCACUCUCAACAUCAAAAUGAAGAUCGAUUUGGUGACCAAAGACCAGUCGUAUCCGAACCGAGUGGACCAAUACGUGAAACAACACUUCCCAUCGGCUGAAGUGCGCGACCGACACGAGUGUCUCGUCCACUUCCACAUCACCGACACCUCAACCCAAUGGUCGGCGAUGUUUAAAGUGAUGCAAAGCGCACAACAAGAGCUCGAUCUCGAAGANACUACCACAUCACCGACACCUCAACCCAAUGGUCGGCGAUUGAUGCAAAGCGCACAACAAGAGCUCGAUCUCGAAGACUAUAACCUAAGCGACACCACUUUGGAGCAGAUAUUCCUCUCAUUCGCUAAACAAAAG